AUGCAAUUAUUCGUCAAGACACUUACUGGAAAAACCAUCACAUUGGAAGUUGAAUCAAAUGAUUCAAUUGAGAAUGUUAAAAGAAAAGUUCAAGAUAAGGAAGGUAUUCCACCAGAACAACAAAGACUCAUCUAUGCUGGUAAACAAUUGGAAGAUGGCAGAACGAUCAAUGAUUACAAUAUUCAAAAAGACUCUACUCUUCACUUGGUAUUGAGAUUGAGAGGUGGUAUGCAACUCUUUGUUAAAACCCUAACUGGAAAGACAAUUACAAUUGAAAUGGAAUCAAAUGAUACUAUUCAAAAUAUGAAACAAAAGAUCUUUGAUAAGGAAGGUAUUCCAUCUGAUCAACAAAGAUUGAUUUAUGCAGGUAAACAAUUAGAAGAUGGAAGACAACUCUCCGAUUACAAUCUUCAAAAGGAUUCAACAGUUCAUUUAGUUUUGAGAUUGAGAGGAGGUUAA